AUGGGUAGUAGACUAGUCGAUAGAAGGUUAGAUGAAGUAGAUGGAAUAGAUGGAAGAUUAGAACUCCUGUAUUUCAAAGCGGUGGGUGGAAGAUUUUAUCUGAAUAUAACAUUUAGAAGCCAAAAGGUGUGUUUUGCUGACUACCAGCACCCCUGCUACAAACUGGCCUAUUUCCAGGAACUGUCCAGCCGAGUGAGCUUCCAGGAGGCGCGCCUGGCUUGUGAGAGUGAGGGGGGAGCCCUGCUCAGCCUGGAGAACGCAGCAGAACAGAAGUUGAUAGAAAGCAUGUUGCAAAACCUGACAAAACCAGGCACAGGGAUUUCUGAUGGCGAUUUCUGGAUAGGCCUCUGGAGGAGUGGAGAGGGGCAAGCGUCUGGUGCCUGCCCAGACCUCUACCGCUGGUCUGAUGGCAGCAGCUCCCAGUACCGAAACUGGUAUGCUGAUGAACCUUCCUGUGGAAGUGAAAAGUGCGUUGUGAUGUAUCAUCAACCUACGGCCAAUCCUGGCCUUGGAGGCCCCUACCUUUACCAGUGGAAUGACGACAGGUGCAACAUGAAGCACAAUUACAUCUGCAAGUAUGAACCAGAGAUCAAGCCAACAACUCCUGGAGAGAAGACUUACUUUACAAAUCAACCAGAAGACACCCAUCAAAAUGUGGUUGUUACUGAAGCAGGCAUAAUUCCCAAUCUCAUUUAUGUUGUCAUACCAACAAUACCACUGCUCUUAUUGAUACUGGUUGCUUUUGGAACCUGCUGUUUCCAGAUGCUGCAUAAAAGGAAAGCAAGGAGAAACUUCAUCAAGGACUCAACUCCAUUAUCAUCUGAGUGCCUUGCAGAAAAUUUAAAUUCCAACCUGUAAAGGAAGGACAAAAACUAGCCCAAACCAGUCCACACUGUGGAUUUCAAAAAGCACGAGAAAAGAAAGUGGCAUGGAA